GAUAUCCGUCUACUACUUCGAUAAAUAUACCAAGCUUUUCAGCCUCCAGGGUACUUUUCUCGAUCAAUUGAGAUUACAACUUGAAAGCAAUCGAAUAUAUUGACUAAUUAAUGGAGAAGGAGCAGCAGCCCCGGAUAGCAUUGCGGCUGCAGCCACCACCACCUCGCCGGGAUCCAUGGCUUGUUCAGAUCCACGGAAAGAAAGAAGAAAUACAAACUUUUUUUAGUGUAUCUGAAGGUCGUUAUCACGUCAAAAGCAUUCCUGAAAUGCGUGGGAAGAGAAUCUGCGCAACUUAUCAAGGCUGGUUGGUUUUAAAAAAUUUAUAUUUCUUAGCCGAUUGCAUCUUGUUCAAUCCAAUGUCUCUGCAGAAAUUCGAAUUUCCAUCAUGGGAAAAUACUCCCUACCACAUCUGUUUGCUCACUUCGCCUCCUGAACAACCCAACUGCACGAUCUUGCUCAUUGGUAGUAAAAGGAUUAUAGGGAAGUAUUAUACUGUUGAAGGUUUCAAGGUAAGCUUUACGUUUUGGCAUCCUAAAAAUGACAAUUGGAUUAGAAAAGAGAUUAAUUUCAGAGAGAAAAAGAUUAACGCUGCAACGUGUUUCAAUGGAAAGAUCUACAUGCUCGAUUCUCUUCAUAAUCUCUUGUUGCUUGAGUUAGAACCUAUAUUUGGAAUAAGGGAUGUAGGGGUGAGGAGGCUAAGAGAGGGUGCAGACAAGGAGCGAAUCGGGUUCAAAAGUACCCUAAUAGAAUCAGAUGGCGAGCUGUUUGCGGUCUUAGGGCUGUGUCACCCAGAUUUUGAUCAAAUUUUUGAUUUUGAAAUUUACAGACUCAAUCUUGAUGAAAAGGUGUGGGAGAUAGUAGAGAAUACUGGGGAUCGUGUCUUCUUUGUGGGUUUUGGUUCCUGUGCUUGGUGCUGGGGAAGUGAAGCAGGAAUCAAGGGCAACACCAUCUACUUCACUUAUGAGAACGAUCGAUGCCUCUAUGAAUUUGAUGUUGAAGAGAAGAGUAUAACUGUCACUUUGCCUUUUCCCAACGUGAAAAAUAACUGGGAUGAAACCGCCCAAUACAGCCAUAAAGGUAUAGUUUUUAAAUGCUACCAGAUCUUUUUGUCCACAAAGAUAAAAGCAGGUGGCCGAGUGCCCUAAACGCCCAAGCUCGGCUAAACCUUAAAAUUCAAGCAAAGUAUGUCCUCUUUUGAUAAAGAACAAACAAGUUGUUUCAUCAAGCAGCUUUAUUCACUGAAAAAAAAAGUCCUAUGCAUCUAUCCUCUUGCAUUAUCUGUUAUAUCCAGAAAAUCCAUACAUAUAGUGAGUUUUCAAGAAAUUCUUAAUGAACUAGCCUUAAAUUUGACUUUGGCAAUGUUACUAGAUCUUUGUUCAUGGAUUUAAACAGGUUGCCAAGAUCCCUUAUGUCCAAGCUUGGCUAAACCUUAAACAUUUGACAAGCUGCUGCAUAUUGUUGUCGUAGUCUUGUAGAUAAAAAUUGAAAACAAACUUUCCCAUUGAAA